UGGAGCAGUGGGGCGGCUGCAGAGCCAACUCAAACGUGCGGAGUCGAGCGCGGGCGGGCACGAUCCAAAUCCGGCGCUCCGAGUCAACUCCACCGCCUCGGCACGACUCGAAUCCCCGCUCUGCUGCCUGCUUGCCCGCCGGACGGGAGGCUCCGCUCUUCCUCUCGCCUGCCGCUUGGUUGCCACGGGCGGCGAUUGUGCGAGGGGAUCCAUGGACGUGGAAUCCAACCGCCCCGGGGGCCACGGCGAGCCCGACGCGGCGGCGUGGGUGACGGUCGAAGAAUGGGGCGGCUCCUCCGGCUCCGCGUUCUCCCGCACCGCCGUCCUCACCGCCUCCGCCUCCUCCCUCACCUCCAACAGGUUCGGCAGCCGGUGGGGGCGGAUCGGCAGCCGCGUGCUCGGCGCCUUCGUGCCCGAGGGCUUUCCUGGCAGCGUCACUCCUGACUACGUCCCAUUCCAGAUGUGGGACACCUUACAGGGCCUCUCGACAUACAUCCGUGCAAUGUUGUCUACUCAAGCCCUUUUAGGUGCCAUUGGCGUAGGUGAGAAAUCAGCUACAGUCAUAGGUGCCACUUUUCAGUGGUUUCUCAGGGAUUUGACUGGUAUGCUUGGAGGUAUAUUAUUCGCCUUCUAUCAGGGAUCCAACCUUGAUAGCAAUGCCAAAAUGUGGCGUCUAGUUGCAGACUUUAUGAAUGACCUUGGAAUGUUGAUGGAUCUUUUAAGCCCUUUGUUUCCUUCAUCAUUGAUAGUUAUAAUGUGCUUGGGCAGUCUAUCACGGUCAUUCACUGGUGUUGCCAGUGGAGCAACUAGAGCAGCGUUAACACAACAUUUUGCACUUGCAAAUAAUGCUGCUGAUAUAUCUGCAAAGGAGGGCAGCCAAGAGACACUUGCAACAAUGUCAGGAAUGGGACUGGGAAUGCUGUUGGCACAUGUUACCAGGGGGCAUGAUUUGGUUGUAUGGGUUUCGUUCCUUUCUCUCACAGUAUUCCAUAUGUACGCAAAUUACAAGGCAGUGCAGUCACUUUCACUCAGUACACUAAAUUAUGAGAGAACGUCCAUCUUGCUGCAGUAUUUUAUGGAACAUGGUGAAGUUCUUACACCACAGCAGGUUGCCAAGCAAGAGCAUAUUCUUCCGUUUUGGUCAAGCUGGCGGAAAUUACUUAGGGUUAAACUUCCACAUGAGCUUGUACACUUAGGUGCUAAAGCCUCGAUGCUUACUCACUCUGACAUGUUGCUGAUUGCAAAAACAAGAUCCUACUAUUCAAAUGCCAACUAUUUUUUGCUGGACAAGGAAGGCAGUGUUCAUAUCUUCAUCCACAAGCAGGCAGUGGCAACUGAUGUCUUGAAGUCCUUCAUACAUGGACUCGUCUUAGCACGCUUGAUGCAGAAGAGCAAAUCUUGUCAUACGGAAGCUCACCAAUGGAUGGAUGAGAAAUACCACACCUUCAUCUCAAAGCUGAAAGUGGAAGGCUACUCAACGGAACGACUUCUGUCGCAUUCGAUUGUAUGGAAGGCUCAUUGGGUUUAUGGUCCCUUGGAUGAGAAGACCAAGUAGGAGGAAAGAGCUGGAGAUGGCCAUAUCCACUUGACUAAGUAGUUGGUUAUGCUAGUGGUAAAUUUUGUGAGAAGGUGCAUGCGAACUGCUGUGUAAACGGAGAUCACCAAAUCAUAUCAAAGUUGAAACGGACAUACAGAUAACCUGUGUCAUCAGAGCAUCUA